GCUGUCUCCUAGAUUAAAGCUUUCAUUCUGCGAUUACUCCCCUGGGAAGCAAGCGACCCCGACCGACCGCCGUCUCCACAAUGGUUACCUCGUUCGUGUCCAAGACUGCAGUCUUCGUGACUACUUUGCUAGCGUCGCUUACUGGCGUGAAUGCUGAGCUAGAGACUGUCAAGCUCUCGCACCCGCAAGGCUCCAGUGCCGAGGUGUUCCUUUUCGGUGCCCACGUCAAGUCGUUCCGCGCGGCAAUGGACCCGAACGUUGAUGUGAUCUUCAUGUCUAAGGACUCGUUCAUGGAUGGCGUGAACCCCAUUCGCGGCGGCAUCCCCGUGGUGUUCCCCAACUUCGGCGGCGCUCCCGGCUUCCCCAACCACGGCUUCGCUCGCAUCACCAACUGGACGUUGGCUAGCACCAAGGAGGCUACUGACAAGGACAGCCCGAGCGUGGCUAAGUUCACCAUGGAGGCCAGCAACUCGACCCGCCAGAUCUGGCCGGUGGAGUUCAAGCUCGAGUACGUGGUGCAGCUGUAUCCUAACCAGCUAAAGACGGCGCUGCGCGUGCAGAACACACACACCGAGCAGAUCGAGUUCCACACGCUGCUGCACAACUACCUGUGGGUGGACGACUCGCGUAACGGCGGUGUGGCGGUGUCGGGCCUGAAGGGUGUCGAUUACUAUGACCAGGUGGCCAAAGUAAACACAACAGAGACCCGCCAAUCCAUCACUUUUACCAACUCGACGGCGCAGACCGGCAACACGUACCUGGACGCCCCGGACAAGAUUGUCGCGACCAUUAAGGGUGUCAACACCAAGGACCGUUCCGUUACCGUCCUGAAGAAGGGAUUCAUCACCGGUAAGAAUGGGCAAAAAGCGAUUAAGACCAAAACCGACGCCGUGGUGUGGAACCCUGGUGCCGAGCGCGCUAAGAAGCUGGAGGACUUCGGCGACGAGGAGUACAUUAACAUGGUAUGCGUCGAACCCGGUCGUGUCAGCGUCAAGCAACCUCUUCCGGCCGGCCAGACCUACACUUUGCAGCAGAGUAUCACGGUCACCUCGCUCUAAGCCGAAAGCAACGUAGUUGUAUCCCGUAGUUAACUACCGUACGCCCGUAAACAGAGGCGGGAAAUACCUUAGCGAUUGCGAUCUAACAUAAAUUACCGCUGCGUAGCGGCGGCGCUCGGCUUGUCAAACCCAAUUGAAUUCAGAUCAUAAAACGUGCUGCCCUGAU